UUAUAAAUUGAUACCAACUUCAUUAUUAGCUGCUGAAUUUGAACAGAAUCGUUUAGACGGCGAAAAUUUGGUCGUGCGAAAUAUAAAUGAAAAAUGAGUGAAUGAAAUUUGUGAAUGUUAACGAACAAAACGUGGCGUGUGGUAUAUACCGUACAGUCAAUUGAUGCAACGGGUCAAGAUCGCGAAAUGUUUGAUUGGUGGCGCUAUUCACUUUUAGCACGAACGUACUUCCGAUCCGACGAAACGAGUUUCACGUCAUCUUUCCCUUGUUCCGAUAACACCGCGUCUAAAUUCCCCUAAAUUACUCAACUUUUUGGCGUUAAAGAAUGUUUGAAUAACUUCCCCAUGAGUACAGUGACGUGAGGGAGACUUCAAUCUACCAGAUUUUAGUGACUUUGUCGGAGAAUUUAUUAAAUAGUCCCGACACUGAGACCCAAGUGCUGAACAAGCCAUGGGGUUUUUAUUCUCCAAGAUUUGGAGUCUCUUCAACAACGAAGAACACAAAGUCAUCAUCGUUGGGCUGGACAAUGCCGGCAAGACAACAAUUUUAUACCAAAUUCUCAUGAACGAAGUUGUCCACACGUCGCCCACGAUAGGAAGCAACGUGGAGGAGGUGAAAUGGAAAAACAUACACUUCCUGAUGUGGGACAUCGGGGGUCAGGAGUCGCUACGCUCUGCCUGGAGCACGUACUACGCCGGUACCGAAUUUGUAAUACUCGUCAUAGACAGCACAGACAGAGAAAGAUUACACGUCAGCAAAGAGGAGCUCUAUUUUAUGUUAGCCAACGAGGACUUAAAGCAUGCAGCUGUACUCCUCUUUGCCAACAAGCAGGACCUGAAGGGGUCCAUGUCGUCGGCCGAGAUAUCCCAACAGCUGAACCUGACUUCCAUCAAGGACCACCACUGGCACAUACAGGCCUGCUGCGCGCUGACGGGCGAGGGGUUACUCAAAGGCCUGGAGUGGAUUGCCAACCAGAUUCGGAGGUGACCACCGCCAGCAUCUCGGCAUUAUUUUCUGCUCAAGAAAUAAGCAAAAGGCAAGAGUUUCUUUCAGGGAGGAAUUACUUUUCUUGCUCAGAAAUUGUCACAAGGUCUUCUCCUCAUGAUAGUAUUUUAGGAUUUCUGAGAAAAAGUGGGUAUCUCCAAUCACAUUUUGACUGAUAGAAUUGGGAGCAUGUCGUCAGGUGUUUUCAACCGUAGAACUCCCAGAUUGGCGUGCGUGGCAGCCGGCAGAUAAAUAUUUGUGCAUUGACCAAACUUUGAAGUGAAAAUAAAGGCAAGGCAAAGUGAUUGCUGGGGUCUGGACAAAUUUUUACCCUUAAAAUCAGCCGAGUAACUAAAUGUCUUUGCACAAAUCUGGUCUUUUUUUAAUGAGAACAUUGGGUUUUUUAAUAGGAUUAAGAAGUGGCAUUUUUUUUUAUGGGGAAGGGGCGAUCGAGGCAUAGACUCUUUGUAAUUCUCGUGUCAAGCCGGGACUCAAUAUCUGGGGGCCAGCUUCACAGUGUGGCUGGACACGAAAGAUAUUCACUUGGACACAAACCAACAAGCUAUUGGCUAAAAAUGUCGCAUGAUUUAUACUGGCCCGGACUGGUUUUCUGUCACAGUCAGUGUAGCUUUUAGCACUUGUCUCAAUUCAAGGAUUUUGCAAGGUGGUCCCCAGAAUUCAGGCCCAGGCUUCACGGCUGAAGAUGGCUUCAUGAUUUUUCUCUCCUUUUGUGCCUUUCUGACGAUGGUAUAUCUUCCACAGAAUGGACGGCAACAUUUUUGGGAGUGAUAUAUGAGGCUUUAGCUAUAAAAAAAAAAUGAAAUAGAAUUUGGGAAGUAAAUGGUAAUGUACAGUCCAUGGUAUUUGUGCCCGGCAAAAACAUCGACUUUCUCAUGUACACGAUUACACUGCCAGGUGUGAUCGUCCCAUUUUCCUUCCAAACAGCCGUUGAAAUAUUUCAUUUCCUUUAUUCUCAUUCUAUUUUUUUUUUUUAAUUGGGGAAACUCUAUUUUGACUUGGGAGAACUGCGAUCGGUCAUGUGGUUUGUAUUUAUUGAUUGGAGUUAUUGAAUUUGCAGGUCCUGGUGUUAGAUUUUUUUUAAUGUACGUGUUUUUUUUCAACUUGUCAAAAUCUUUUUGUGUCUAGUUGUAGUUAGGUUGUGCAGAACUCGAUACAUGUAUGAUGGAGUGGCUGUGCUUUGCAAGAGAUACCGAUUACCAGCCAAAAUGUGUAAUGUGCAUUAUGCUCGACCGGUUCUCGCCAACUUGCUCUGGCCAUCCGUAAUAUUCUGCUGAGACGGUUCUCAGAGUCGGCCCCAAGGUGGAAUGUCACUCGAGUUCAGACGUAAACAUUUCUUACCUAUUGUGUUGCACUUUGUUUGUGUAUUCACUUAUGUUAAGUGAAAGUUCCCUCGCCGUUUACUGCAACGCAUCCAAAACAAAUCGUCCCCCUUAUCUGAGUGGAGAUUUUUGAGUGUUGCCCACAUCCCCUCUGCCAUCUCAUAAAUAUUUAUGAAUUUUUACCAAGAGAUUGGCCGCCACAAACGUCUGCCAAGGAGGUGUUCCUGGAUGUGUGCUUUUUAUAUUUGGUUGGGAUAAAUUUGAAUGUUACUGUAGCUAUUUGGAAGCAUGUAACUGCAGCAUUAUAGUCUUCAUGUUAUCUUUUUUCCCCCAAGUCAUAAACACUAAGCCACAAAUUUCCUUGCACUUUUUCAUAUGCUCUCUUGACAUGAGUUGAACAAAUUAUUCAAUGACCAACUUGUGACAAGGUUUCUUCGAACAAAGCACAUCUAGCUGCCCAUUUAUUGGAAUGCAAAACUCUCCGUUUCACAUUGCUUGAAUUUGUUAAUUCCUAAUUGUCGCGUAACGGUUUCAUGUUGUUUACACACUGACGGUGCUUUAGUCUUGAUUCAAGACGCUGAUGUUCUGUAUUUAAUGCAUGACUACAACAUAAAACUCCAAGAGGAAGGCCGUGUUGCUGACAAACAGAAACCUUGUGUGAUCUUACAGUGGAUUGUCGCAUCACAGGUUUUGACCACCUUUACACAAUUUCUGGACACAAAAUGGAGGCACACUAGGGUUUACAUUGGGAAUUGCAUGCGAUACCAUUUCGUCUCCACCGAAGGCUUGUUGUCACAACCCCAGUGGCCGAGUUUGUUCCCAAUGACAGUCUCCUCGUGCAGGCCCCUAGUGCCACAAAUUAGCGUCUUGAAGAAGAGACUAGUAGAAGUGUAACUGUCAGUGAUGUGUCCACAAGCCAUGUGGUAAUCUUGACAGGCCCCUGCUUCGUGCAAGUAUGGUGUAUUUAUCCUUUAUGUUAUUGUUUUAUUGUACGCUUUGUUAAGAAGUCUUGUUUCAAUGAAUCACCUUGUCAGCAUAUAUGUGAACAAUAAGCCUUUUAUUUGUUAAAUUCGAAUAAAACCUGGAGUACUAAUAUAAUCCCCCAGACUUGAGACACUUUCUAUUCCUCGUGAUUCGGGCAAGCUUUUGCGUCGCGACCACCAUCUCCGGAAUGGACUAGUUCUUUUGCCCGCCUCUUGUCCUUUGAAAACCGUGUACUAGCUCAAGGCGUCUCUUGUGUAACUAAGCAAAAGCUUGCCCCGAAUCACGAGGUAUAGCAGCAGUGUCUUUGGUAUGAAGAAGUUAAACUCGGUGUACCACAUUUUAUUCAAAUUUAACUCACAAAGGCUUAUUCCCCCCAGCACUCUCCCAAAUCCGGAAUGUGAUUCAAGUUGCCUUUGUAAUACAGGUUAAAGACGGUUGUACAUUGCUGUAAUAAAUUCUGUAGCUGGUAGAUAUUUUAAAAAAA